AUGACAUCCAACCCGCCACCUACAACAAAGCCAUCAUCCUUCCGCCUCCUCAUAUUAUCUCCAUCACCGCCUGACAGAACAACGACUCCGCCGUUCCGCGCGUUUCUCGAAGCAGUCACCGGCUCCAAGCCGUCGGAUGAAGUCACCUCGUUUGCGGGGUAUACCUCACACCCGCCGCUGAGGUUGAGGACGAAAUACUACAGUGCCGACGUGAGUAUUUGGUGCGAUGAAUUGCCUUUCGGAGAUGCAGCGGUAGAAACGACAAAGAAGAAGAGCGCCGCUGGAAAGGAUCCGAGCCAUGGCCCCGACUCGGAAGGGGGCAAGCAGGCGCCGCUCGCGGAGUCCGCGUCAGUGACGCUUGAGGAGUGGAAAGAGCAAAUGCUCUCGUCCGAGGCGGCAGAGGUCCGCGCUGUCAUUGGUGGCGUCAUCCUCAUUCUCCCUCUCGCCUCGUCGACGAAUGCAUCGCUCCUGGAGUCGUAUGUCUCGCUCGUCGAGACUGUCCAUGCACUGCGCGAGGCGAUCGAGGAUGAAAGCUACGGGCGGGAUGUUGCUUCUCUAGUCGUAGUACAGUCUACGGCUACGGCGUCGACAGUAAGCCACGCCAGAUUGAACGAGACGAUGGAGGGUUUGGAGGAGAUUUGUUUGUCCGAAAGAGGCAUAUUAGGCUGGGAUUUUGUCGCGUGGAAUGAUCAGCUCGAGGAGGCAGCAAGGGAGGAGGGAAAAGAUGGCAAGGCCGUCGAGGAGGGGUCCCAUGAUAUAAGCAGGCAUGGAGAAGACGAAAGAAACGAGUUCGGCGAAAAGACAGGGAUUAAAAGAGUCAUUGAAGCGCUCGAGGCGGUGGAUUGGUCUGCAUCGCCGCACUCGGAUGGUGAGGAAGAUGGGCUUGGAGAUUUUAAUUUUGCAGAUGUCGACGAUGAUCAAGUGGACGACACUGGAGACUUGUUUUCUUCUACUACAUCAAAGAACAUACUUGGAGACAGCACGGGGCUGCUAGGGAUUGAUUAUGAACUCCAACGCGAGAUGAUGGAGUUGAAGAUGUCGAUGCUGGAAGACAUCGAUGACAGCGCUGAUGAUAAUAACAAAGAAGGCUCCGAGAGGGAGCAAGAAGAUGAAGACACCCAGGUCGAGCAGCUGCAGGUGUUGAUGGAGAGAGUCGUCGCGAUCCGCGAGGCAGGGUCAGAGAUGCCCAUGCCCGAGAGGGAGAAGUUUGCUCGGAGGGAGAUUGGGCGGAUCAUGAGGGAGAUGGGAUGA